AUGUCCUCCCGCACCCUCUCAGCCUCCCGCACACUCGCGUCCCGCAAACGCGUCAAACUCGACGCAUCGAUAUCGUGGGUGCGCUACGCCUCAAGCGACGCAACACGGCCCUACCAAUUUCACGUCGGCGCGAGCUGGCUAGCCAAGCCUGCGGACCGCGCCACGCGCAAAAACACUACGCCGUUCGCGCCGGAAUCGCCCAUCGGAAAGUGGAGGGAUGAGACGCUCACACUAGGAGGGCCGUCGAGCUCGCGGAAGGGCGCCGGAGAAGACUUUUUCUACAUUCAAGACAUGCGAAAUCAGUCGGGUCUUUCCAUCGGCGUGGCGGACGGAGUGGGAGGAUGGGUGUCUAGUGGUGUAGACCCGUCACGAUUUUCGCAGGCGUUAAUGUACUACGCGCAACAAUAUGCGGCACAAAGCUGGCCAGGAGAACCAGAAACAGAUCCAACUCAAGAGGAGGUGGACCGGAAGCCUGUGGAAGGCGUGGAGCUCAUGCCUAAGGAGUGCUUGGAUCUGGCACAUAAAGCUGUGUUAAAGGACAAGUCUAUCAUUGCCGGGUCAAGUACAGCAUGUCUAGUGAACUUCAACGCAGCACUAGGGACAAUGCGAGCCGCGAAUCUUGGAGACAGUGGUUUCCUUAUCAUUCGCUCUUCGUCCGUAUACUAUAGGCAACGAUCACAAACACACUUCUUCAAUUGCCCAAAACAACUAGCCAAGCUCCCGUCAUUCAUGGGUUCCACUACCGGCAUGACCGACUAUGCCGAGGCGGCCGACGAGUACGAGACGAAGCUACGAGACGGCGAUCUCGUGGUACUAUACACGGAUGGUCUGUCCGACAACGUCUUCAACUCGGAGAUCACAGCUAUCUGCAGUCUCGUCGCACGCGCCGGUGGACCUGAAGAACAGCAGGUGCAGACGAUGGCGGACCGGAUAGUUGACUAUGCGCGCAGCUGCAUGAACAAUAUGUCCCGUGUCAGUCCUUUCGAGAAGGCAGCGACAAAAGCAUCACAAAAUUGGUACGGCGGGAAGAUGGACGAUGUCACUGUCCUAGUAGCCAUGGUCCGCGAAGUAUUAUGA